GUCCGAUAUCUACAAAAACAGCUAGCAGCUAGAUAUGGCGGCGCUGCUACAAGGACUUCGAGUUGGAAAAGCCCUUCGAUGUCUUGGCAGCGUGGUAGUUCCAAAAACAUCCAGUCCCCAGUGUAAUGGCCUGAGACGAGGCUUGCACUGUGCUGAACUUCGGCUUCAGGAGGACAAGGACAAGUCCAUCCCAGUCCCUCCAUCCCCUACUACAACCUUCCACGAGCAUUAUCAAGCUCACCCAUCUGAACAUGACACAGCCACAUCAACGCAGGAAGCUGCUGCUGAGGAGGCUCCCCAGCCCAACAUCAGUUAUGUAGACCAGAGUGGAGAAGAAGGAGAAGACUAUGAAACAGAGGAGCAACUACAAGCGCGCGUCCUUAACGCUGCGCUGGACUUUGUCCCACUACAUGGUUGGACUGUUGAAGCCAUUUCAGCAGGAGCUGAGACCCUGGGUCUCUCAGCAGCCUCCAGUGGAAUGUUUCAGAAUGGGGCAGGGGACCUGGUCCUGCACUUCAUUGCUCAGUCCAAUACCCAGCUAACAGAGCAACUGGCAGAGCAUCACAAUCAGGUCCAACUUGGUCAGGCAGAACCAAAGAAAACUGCUGAGUUUCUUAGGGAUGCAGUGGAAACCAGAUUGAGGAUGUUGACCCCAUACAUAAAUAAUUGGCCACAGGCUUUGAGUAUUCUGUUUCUGCCACACAACAUACCAAACAGUCUGAAGCACCUCUCCACCCUGGUGGAUGAUAUCUGGUACUAUGCUGGAGACCGCUCCACAGAUUUGAACUGGUAUACAAAACGAGCUGUACUGACAGGGAUCUAUAACACCACACAGCUGGUGAUGGUACAGGACUCUUCAGAAGACUUUCAGGACACCUGGAACUUCCUUGACAACCGCAUCCAGGAUAUUGUCAACAUGGCCGACGCCGCCAAACAGGCGGCAUCUACAGGAGAAGCAGUGGUGCAGGGGCUUAUGGGAGCUGCUGUUACGCUGAAAAAUCUAACCGGAAUUAACCAGAGACGGUGAAACGAUGGCUAUUUCUGUUCCACCAUCCCCUCUGAUCUCUGACAGUCAGGAGUUUGUGUUUAAAACGGUUUUCCCUCACGCCCACUCCUAUCCCUUUUGUAUAAAGGACACACAAAUGUGAUUGUAUUUGAAACAUUUUUGUUUGGCUCCAUUGAGAGUUCCUAAAUAAAUUACAGUUUAAACAACAGAACAAUUUUCUUUUUUUUUCACCCAAAUUGAUUUAGGAUAAGGACAAAACAUAAUCGGAAUGUGUCAACUAAGAAACAGAUCUAUAUUAGAUAUCCUGUGUAUAAACACCUAUCCCUAGGAGUUCCUACAAUAAAUUAGCAUUUUA